AUGCUGCCCGUCCGAGUCGGGGGAAUGGAGCGCAUGCUUUUAAUGCGCGUUUUAAAAUGCCAAGACUAUAUACUAGGAAGACUGAAAAAGGAAAAUGGACUGCAGAACGACUACAAGCGGCUUGCCAUUAACUCAGGUCGAAAAGUUCGUGAUGUUGGUCAAACUUUUGGCAUUGCAGAAUCAACACUUCGAAGUAGACUAAAAAAUCAAAAUUUUGGUAAACCUAAACUUGGUAGAAAACCAACAUUUUCGUUUGUGGUUGAAAAAAAAUUAACGAAUCAUGUACGAAAACUGUCUAAAUACUUUUAUGGUUUAACACCAACUGAAUUAAGACUACUUGCUUAUGGAUAUGCUGUUGCAAAUGAACAUAAAUUUUGUAGCUUAACAAAAUCAGCUGGGUAUGACUGGCUAGAACUAUUUUUAAAAAGAAAUCCCGAAAUAAGUUUAUGCACUCCAGAAGGUACUAGUUUAAACAGAGUUUCAUCAUUCAAUGAAACUAAUGUACGAUUGUUUUAUAAAAACCUAGAGGAAACGAUGAACAAGUUCAAACUGAAUAAUAAAUGUACUCGAAUUUUUAAUGUUGACAAAACAGGAAUUACAACUGUUCAAAAACCAUCAAGGAUUUUGGGUCCAAAAGGCCAAAAGCAAGUCGAGUCAAUGAUAAGCUGGAAACGUGGCAAAAAUGUUACAGUUGUUUGUUGUACGAAUGCUGCAGGUUCAUUAAUUCCACCUAUGUUUAUAUACCCUAGAGUUAGUAAAUUGUUAGGUAGAGGUGGUCCAGCUGGUUCUUUAUACGAAUGUUCAAAGAAUGGAUGA